AUGCAUUCUACAUCAAUUGCAAUACAUUGGAUAAUAGCAAUCACUACUUUCUUCUACUCUCCCCACAUCCAACUGCACUCUCUUGAAGAAACACCAGUUACACAAUUGGAAGAUUUAAGAGACCUUCCUUCAAUUCAUCAAUUUAAAAACUUGGAGGAUUUGCAACAAAAUAUGCACCAAUUUCUAUACAAAAUCAACCACACUUUGAACCUGCAACAUCUAGUGGUACACCUCACUGAUCUAGAUACUUUGGUCUUUCCCGACGAUGGAGAUCCCGACUUGAAAGUUGAUCAUGUUGCUGCACCCAGUUCCCAACACACACUCUUUUUCCCAGGAAAAGAAGCCGCUACACCACCAGAGAAUUGGAUUGAGCUACACGGCUCAGAAAUAAUACAGCAAUCGAGUGCAAGAGCGAUAGAAGUACAGACUCUAUCGACCGUGGAAGAUGACAGUGCAAGGGGUGAAGUUGCAUAUUCAACGGGAAGAUUAAAGAAAGUAUCCAGCGAAUACGACUCAAAAAUGUCGUUAUAUCUUGGAUUCAUUGCUUUUAUUGGUAUCUCAUCAGGGAUAACUUUUGCUCCCGAAUUUGAAUUUUCCACAAGCACUUCCAUUUAUUAUACAUGUCCAGUAUUAGCCGGCGAAACAGUUGCUGUAAAAGUGUAUCCCACAUUAACUACAUUUACUCCGUACACUAGGAAAAUAAAGUGGGAUCACAAACUACUGAAGUUUGCAGCUAAACUGCCAUUCACCAAAAUGAAAAAAGUUUCUUUAUUCACCUUGACUGGGUUGGAAGAUGUUGAAUGCUUUUACCUUUAA